AUCUGAGAUCGUGAUUCGAUUAGAUACAGCGACGAACACGAUUCGAACGACGACGAAACCCGAGUAAACGAAUACACUCUACGAGGAACGACGAUUAGAAGAAGAGUAGAAUACAGGCAAGAUGCCAGUAUCUGAAGCCAUCCUUACGCAAAUCCUGGCUCGAUUGGAGUCGAUGCAGGUGUCGCAGCAGGCCAUGCAGGCAAAGCUUGACAGCCUCGCAGCCAGCCAAGCCUCCAUUACGCCUCUCGAGCCAAAGUCGCCUGCGCGCAGCACCCCAGGGCUGCCUUCCACCGCCGAUGCCAAGAACGAGGAGAAGAAAACUGGGUUGCAGGAGGCGACUGUCGGUGCAGCCGUCACCUCCACCACGCCCGCUCGCGACGCCCUCGCACAGAUGACGGAUAAGGAGAGGGAGAAGCUGCUCUAUCCAGGUCGAGUUAACCUCACCACGUACCCCGACCAACACGGUAUCGCCCCGCACCCGCUCCAAUGGGGCGCCGCCGACCCGACGACGCGCGGACCGGUGAUCUGCUCGCGCCUCCCCUCGUCCAUCAAGCAGCGCAACGCCCUCGGCGCGCAUGCCGGGUCCUAUUCCAUCUACCGCGCCCUGAGUAUCGCGAUGGGCGCUCUCAACCCCUCGCACAAACCCGACUACUCGCAGACCGAGCCGCCUAUCAACAUCCCGCCUCAACCCUCCUGGUCCGACCCGUCCAAGAUCGUCUCCUUUGAUCCCUGGGGCCAUCUCGUGCCGCAGGUGUUCAGGAAGGAGAUGGACGAGUUGGGGUUGGACGUCCGACCUUCCAUCGCGAUUACGAAGGCGCAUUUGAAGAUGAGCGAGCUGGAUGAGGCGGCGCGCAGGGGCGAGAUGGUUAUUGAUGGGAAUAUCGUGUUGAAGAGCCGACCUGUGCGGAAUGAGGAUGGGAGUGAGAAUCUUUCUGUGGAUCCGGGUGUGGAGGUGAAUGUGGGCAAGGCGGCUAUUGACCCUGUUUGGUAUUUGCCUGGUGUGGCGGAGAGGUUUGGGAUUUCCGAGACCCUGCUUCGACGUGCGCUCUUUGAGGAUACGGGAGGAAUGUACCCCGAGCUUAUCACGAGACCCGACAUCAAGGUCUUCCUACCGCCUAUUGGUGGAUGUACUGUUUACAUCUUUGGAAACCCCGCGUAUAUGUACGACGAGACGAAGGAGCUUACUCUGCGUGUUCAUGACGAAUGCAACGGCUCAGACGUCUUCGGCUCCGACAUCUGCACAUGCAAACCCUACCUCGUGUAUGCGAUUGAGGAGUGUAUCCGAGGUGCGCAAAAGGGCGGUGUGGGUGUUGUUGCGUACUUUAGGAAGGAGGGGAGGGCGUUGGGUGAGGUUACCAAAUAUCUAGUCUACAACCUCCGCAAACGCGGUGGCGACAGCGCCGACAAGUACUUCAAGUCUACGGAGAUGAUCGCUGGUGUGAAGGAUAUGCGGUUCCAAGCGCUCAUGCCUGAUGUUUUGCACUGGUUGGGGAUCAGGAAGGUGGAUCGGAUGGUUAGUAUGAGUGAUAUGAAGUAUGAUGCGAUUGUGAAGAGUGGGAUUCCUAUUUUGACGAGGUAUGAUAUACCUGACCACCUCAUCCCGCCCGACUCGCGCGUCGAGAUCGAUGCGAAGAUUGCUGCGGGUUACUUCUCGAGUGGGAAGCAGGUGACGGAGGCGGAUUUGGCGAAGACGGUGGGUAGGACUUGGGAGGAGAUGGAGCAUUAA